UCUCAUUGGCCCGGCCUCCGGUGGCCGCGCCGACGGGCUCCUGCGGGGAGAGCCGGGUGGGCUGCGUCUGGGACCAAAGCCCACCGGCUCCUGGCGCGGGCCCUGGGCUGUGCCGGGUGCACGCCCGCCCGGGGGAGCUGCAGCGGGAGGCUGCCCUUGGAGGAGGAUCUUGACCUGCCUUUCAGGAAGGUGCUUCCCCAGCACGCCGCGCGCACUCCCACCCCCUCCCCUCUUUCUAGGCAUCGCGCGGCUUUUUUCGGCCAAGUAACUUUUGCAUUCCCGCCUCCCCCAAGUCCUGGGGACCAGAGGCGGUGCCGAGCCUGGGGGCGGUUCCUUGGCAGCGUUGAAUCUUGCCAGAGCCAGACUUUUGCUCCUGGGCUAGCUUUGCAUCAUCCCCAUCACACCCUCAGGAGAAAGGAGCCAGCCCCCUUUCAGCCUCAGCUUCCGGCUCAAAGCAGACCCCCUCCCCCUAUCCCAGGCCCCGUCCCCUUCUCCUGUCCCUCUGUCGGCCACAGCAUUUUUUUAGUCCUCUCCCUCUACUCCGCAAUAUUUUCUUUCUUUCUGCCUCCUCUCCUCCAUUUGUUGUUUUGUGUGUCCCACUCUUUGAGGAAGGAUGGUUGAUUUGGAGAGCGAAGUGCCCCCUCUGCCUCCCAGGUACAGGUUUCGGGAUUUGCUGCUAGGGGACCAAGGAUGGCAAAACGACGACAGGGUACAAGUUGAAUUCUUUAUGAAUGAAAACACAUUUAAAGAGAGAUUAAAGUUAUUUUUUAUUAAAAACCAGAGAUCAAGUCUAAGAAUACGUCUGUUCAAUUUUUCUCUCAAAUUAUUAAGCUGUUUAUUAUACAUAAUCCGAGUGCUUCUAGAAAACCCUUCACAAGGAAAUGAAUGGUCUCAUAUCUUUUGGGUGAACAGAAGUCUACCUUUAUGGGGCUUACAGGUUUCAGUGGCAUUGAUAAGUCUAUUUGAAACAAUACUACUUGGUUAUCUCAGUUAUAAGGGAAACAUCUGGGAACAGAUUUUACGAAUACCCUUCAUCUUGGAAAUAAUUAAUGCCGUUCCCUUCAUUAUCUCAAUAUUCUGGCCUUCCUUAAGGAAUCUAUUUGUUCCGGUCUUUCUAAACUGUUGGCUUGCCAAACACGCCUUGGAAAAUAUGAUUAAUGAUCUACACAGAGCCAUUCAGCGCACACAGUCUGCAAUGUUUAAUCAAGUUUUGAUUUUAAUAUCUACAUUACUAUGCCUUAUCUUCACCUGUAUUUGUGGAAUCCAACAUCUGGAACGAAUAGGAAAGAAGCUGAAUCUCUUUGACUCUCUCUAUUUCUGUAUUGUGACAUUUUCUACCGUGGGCUUCGGCGAUGUCACUCCGGAAACAUGGUCCUCCAAGCUCUUUGUUGUUGCAAUGAUCUGUGUUGCUCUUGUGGUUCUACCUAUACAGUUUGAACAGCUGGCCUAUUUGUGGAUGGAGAGACAAAAGUCGGGUGGAAACUACAGUCGACACAGAGCUCAAACUGAAAAGCACGUUGUCCUGUGUGUCAGCUCACUGAAGAUUGACUUACUUAUGGACUUUUUGAAUGAAUUCUACGCUCAUCCAAGACUACAGGAUUAUUACGUGGUGAUUUUGUGUCCUACUGAAAUGGAUGUGCAAGUUCGAAGGGUACUACAGAUUCCAAUGUGGUCACAAAGAGUUAUCUACCUUCAAGGAUCAGCCCUUAAAGAUCAGGAUCUGUUGAGAGCAAAGAUGGAUGAUGCUGAGGCCUGUUUUAUUCUGAGCAGCCGUUGUGAAGUGGAUAGGACAUCAUCUGACCACCAAACAAUUUUGAGAGCAUGGGCUGUAAAAGAUUUUGCUCCAAAUUGCCCUUUGUAUGUCCAGAUAUUAAAGCCUGAAAAUAAAUUCCAUAUCAAAUUUGCUGAUCAUGUUGUUUGUGAAGAAGAGUUUAAAUACGCCAUGUUAGCUUUAAACUGUAUAUGCCCAGCAACAUCUACACUUAUUACACUACUGGUUCAUACCUCUAGAGGGCAAGAAGGCCAGCAGUCGCCAGAACAAUGGCAGAAGACGUACGGUAGAUGCUCUGGGAACGAAGUGUACCACAUUGUUUUGGAAGAAAGUACAUUUUUUGCUGAAUAUGAAGGAAAGAGUUUUACAUAUGCCUCUUUCCAUGCACACAAAAAGUUUGGUGUCUGCUUGAUUGGUGUUAGGAGGGAGGAAAAUAAAAACAUUUUGCUGAAUCCAGGUCCUCGAUACAUUAUGAAUGCAACAGAUAUAUGUUUUUAUAUUAAUAUUACCAAAGAAGAGAAUUCAGCAUUUAAAAACCAAGACCAGCAGAAAAAAAGCAAUGUCUCAAGGUCAUUUUAUCAUGGACCUUCUAGAUUACCUGUACAUAGCAUUAUUGCCAGCAUGGGUACUGUGGCUAUAGACUUGCAAGACACAAGCUGUAGAUCAGCAAGUGGCCCUACCCUGUCUCUUCCUACAGAGGGAAGCAAAGAAAUCAGAAGACCUAGCAUUGCUCCUGUUUUAGAGGUUGCAGAUACAUCAUCAAUUCAAACAUGUGAUCUUCUAAGUGAUCAAUCGGAAGAUGAAACUACACCAGAUGAAGAAAUUUCCUCAAACUUAGAAUAUGCUAAAGGCUACCCACCUUACUCUCCGUAUAUAGGAAGUUCACCCACUUUUUGUCAUCUCCUUCAUGAAAAAGUGCCAUUUUGCUGCUUAAGACUAGACAAGAGUUGCCAGCAUAACUACUAUGAGGAUGCAAAAGCCUAUGGAUUCAAAAAUAAACUAAUUAUAGUUGCAGCUGAAACAGCUGGAAAUGGAUUGUAUAAUUUUAUUGUUCCUCUCAGGGCAUAUUAUAGACCAAAGAAAGAACUUAAUCCCGUAGUACUGCUAUUGGAUAACCCGCCAGAUAUGCAUUUUCUGGAUGCAAUCUGUUGGUUUCCAAUGGUUUACUACAUGGUGGGCUCUAUUGACAACCUAGAUGACCUACUCAGGUGUGGAGUGACUUUUGCUGCCAACAUGGUGGUUGUGGACAAAGAGAGCACCAUGAGUGCCGAGGAGGACUACAUGGCGGAUGCCAAAACGAUUGUGAACGUGCAGACCCUUUUCAGGUUGUUUUCCAGUCUCAGUAUUAUCACAGAGCUUACUCACCCAGCCAACAUGAGAUUCAUGCAAUUCAGAGCCAAAGAUUGUUACUCUCUUGCUCUUUCAAAACUGGAAAAGAAAGAGCGAGAGAGAGGUUCUAACUUGGCCUUUAUGUUUCGACUGCCCUUUGCUGCUGGAAGGGUGUUUAGCAUCAGCAUGUUGGACACGCUUCUCUAUCAGUCAUUUGUGAAAGAUUAUAUGAUUUCUAUCGCCAGACUUCUGUUGGGAUUGGACACUACGCCAGGAUCGGGGUUUCUUUGUUCUAUGAAAAUCACUGAGGAUGACUUAUGGAUCAGAACUUACGCCAGACUGUAUCAGAAGUUGUGUUCUUCUACCGGAGACGUGCCCAUUGGAAUCUACAGGACUGAAUCUCAGAAACUUACUACAUCUGAGUCUCAAAUAUCUAUCAGUGUGGAAGAAUGGGAAGACACUAAAGACUCCAAAGAACAAGGUCAUCAUCGGAGCAACCACCGCAACUCGACCUCCAGUGACCAGUCUGACCAUCCCUUGCUGCGGAGAAAGAGCAUGCAGUGGGCCCGAAGGCUGAGCAGAAAAGGUCCCAAACACUCCGGUAAAACAGCUGAGAAAAUCACCCAGCAGCGACUGAACUUCUACAGGAGGUCAGAAAGACAAGAGCUUGCUGAGCUUGUGAAAAAUAGAAUGAAACACUUGGGUCUUUCUACAGUGGGCUAUGAUGAAAUGAAUGACCAUCAAAGUACCCUCUCCUACAUCCUGAUUAAUCCAUCUCCAGAUACCAGACUGGAGCUGAACGAUGUUGUAUACUUAAUCCGACCAGAUCCACUGGCAUACCUUCCAAACAGUGAACCCAGUCGGAAAAACAGCAUCUGUAACACCACCACUCAAGACUCUCGGGAAGAAACUCAGCUUUGAUAAAAAGAAAAUAAGAGACUCUUUUUUUUUUUCCUACAAGGAUCUUGCUUGGAACAACUCUAAAUCUUAGAGAAAAAAAAAAUGUUGCUGGCAUGUAAUAAACUAGAUUGGAGUAUAUUCAAUUCUCUCAUAUUUUAAAAAAUCUAUUCUCUUAGAAGUGUAGAUUAUUUUGAAAUUUAAAGUACUGCUUAUUGGUACUCCUAUUGAUAUAUAAAGACAUCAAUGGAAUGAUUUUGAAAACCCAAAUCAAAACACAAAAAUUUAAAUCUGAUAUUUAAUUGUUUGACAAUAAUCCAAACUGUAUGAAGCCAAUUUUAAAAUGUGUUAAAGUUUUAUGAAAUUAAACUGAAAAUCCAACUGUAUUUGGUGCAUCAUAAUGGACGUAGAUGAUUGUU